AUGCUGCAAGCAGAGGUGCAUCCGGUGGAGCAUGUGAGGAUCGGCAAGCACGUAUUCCCGAUCUACUCACACCCACUGCUGCGAAGGAAGCUGAAAGAUGAAGCCUUAUUGGAGCAGGAGAUCGAGAGGCGGCUUCACAACCCGCGGCUUCUGCAUGCGGUGAAUGAAGUAGUGGAGCAGCUCCUGCGAGAGGGCGUGACGGGUGGCGUUAGCGAAGAUAUGGUGGCAGAUCACCUUGAGGCCGUGCUUGGCCGCCUGGACAACUACUUUAGUGACAGUGAACCGGCGGGCACCGCGCCCCCGCCGCCGAACAGGCCGCCGCCGGGCGACAAUCGUCCGGAUGUCCUCCCGGCUGUGCGGCUGCCGCCGCCGCCGCCGCCGCCUUCCUUUUCCGUGCGUCGUGUGUUUUCCUCGACAAGCCGUGACCGUGCCACCCCUUCUGCGCAAGCGCCAUCGACUCAGCAGCGGGGGCCGCAGGCGGCGCGGGAGCCCCAACGGGCCCUGACCGCUGAACGGGAUGCCGAGGAAGAUGCGGAUGGCGAGUUGGGGCCUCUCGCGCUUGUAGGACUCUCCCGCCGGCAUCUUUUUCCCUCCCACGCUGCUCGAGCGGAGGAGGCGUGCGAGGUUGACCCGCUGCCGUCGUUUUUGCCGGAGUCUUCCGCGGCGUCACCGCGGCCACGAGGCGGCAAGGGCGAGCAGCAGAAGCCAAAGCUGCACCCGCCCCGUCAAUGCAGCCGGGAGGCUCCGCCGGAGUGGAGGAGUGCGGUGCGCUCGCUUUUUUACUCCCUGCUGUCGCUCCACCUGCAGGAAAGCGGCGGGGUCCGACCGGAGGAGAUGGACCUGCGUGGUGGGGCGCCGGGUCCGCUGCGCCUGCAGGGGUCCGAGCUAUCCGCGCUAAGUCCACAGGCGUUCAGGGCGUUGGAUGUGACGCUCGACGGGAACUCAUCCGCCAUUCACUGCCGUCGGCCCCCCGCGCCCAGCAUUCUUCAGCGCUCCCACGCCCAGCGGGCGAAGAUGCCGAUGGGGGCGGAGCCAACGGCGCUGCGUCGAAGGGUGAUGGCCACUCUGGCGCAGUCACAACCCACCACCUGCGUGGAGAAGAGGCGUCUGCCUGCGACAGGGGCGUCACUGGGCCAUGCGUGGGGGGGCGUGGAGCCGUCGGCCAGCCUGCGGCCCGCAGGGGGGAGCGGGCAACUGGAUUUGCCAGGCGACACAACUCGCAGCCGCGUCUUGGCCUCUAUCCUGGAAAACAUAGACGCGCAGCGGAGAAGCGCGCGGGGCACCGUGAAUGUACAGAGAUAG